AUGGCCGACAGCGAGCGGCCCUUCCAGCACAGACACACCCCGCCAGCACCCCCAGUCCCGCCGAGGCCAAGCAGAACACUCCCCCAGCUGCCGCCGACGACCCCAAAACCACCGCCCAAGCCACCCAGGCCCCGCCAGCGCAGCCACACCACGGCAGCCGAGCAGCAGCCACCCCCACAACCACCACCCAAACCACCGCCCAAACCACCCAAGCCCCACCCCGCCGGCUGGCUCGACUCCCCGCUCAGCCACCCCCACUCCCCCCCGCCCAGGAACGAGCAGCAGCAACCCCGGCUGCAGGAGAUGCCCGACCCCACCUUCGCCAACCGCCGCCCGCCCACGCUCAACCCGCCCGUCGCCAUCCCCGUCGCCGCCCAGUUCUCCGCCUGGGCCCUCCGCGGAAACUGGCUGUGCACCGGCCACCACUCCCUGCGCCUCUGGCACACCGCCUCCGGCGACUGUCUCGCCCACGUCAGCGCCCUCCAGGACAUCAAGAUCACCGCCAUGGAGUUCAAGGCCGCGCCCAGACCCGCCCAGCGCGCCGACCCGGACCGCUUCGUCUGGUGCGGCACCAAGGACGGCCAGCUCUUCGAGUUCGACUGUCUCGAGCGCAGGAUCGUCGACUCCCGCGCCGCCCUCCACUCCUCCGCCGUCGUCGGCCUCUUCCGAUGCAAGGAGGGCGGGAUGUGCUCGCUGGACGAGAGCGGCAAGCGCGUGGCCGAAAAGACCACGUUCGCCAAGAUGGUCUCGCACCGUCUAUGGACCUCGUCGGGGCCCUCGGGCUCCAAGACCGCCCCCCUGGCCGCCCAGCGCGGACCCACGAUCAGGCUGGUCUAUCUGGGCCACGACUCCGGCCACGUGUCCGUCUGGGAAACCGCCCCCAAACAACCCUCCUCGUCCCCCGCCGCCGGCGGGCCCAACGACUUCGGAAGGGCCCACGAAGCGGCCGACGACGCCAUCCGGUUCAGGAAGAUCGUCAAGCUCUCCAACUACCAGAUCACCGCCAUGGAGGGCGUCACCAAGUACCUCUGGGUCGGCUUCCGCACCGGCACCGUCUUCGUCUACGAGCCCGAGAUCCACCCCGAACCGGCCCGCUCCAGCCUCGCCCCAACUAGCCCCGUUCCCCCCCGCACGCUCGGGCCCCAGAGGCCGCCCCCUCUCGAUCCUGCCAGGUCUUGGAAGGUGCUUAAGGUGUGGCAGGCGCACAAGGAGGCCGUGCUCAAGAUCAUUGUCGAUCCGUCGCUGCUGUGGGACGAGGUGGGCAAGCUGCACGUGGCGACGACGAGCACGGACUGGCGGGUGAAGCUGUGGGACGGGACGAUGUCGGUGGACUGGCUGGCGGCGGAGAUGCGCAAGCGGCAGAGCGAGUACUGCACCUACCGGCCCAUCACCGCCCUCCUCUGUUCCUGGAACGUCGACGCCUGUAAGCCGAACGACCUCGCCGGAACCUGCGAUAACCUGAACUUCUUGGAGGACGUGCUCCGCUCUGCCGGCCCCUCGACGCCGGAGAAAUCCCACAACGACCAGCGCCCGUCGGCCUCUACUCCCGACCUCAUCGUCUUCGGCUUCCAGGAAAUGAUCGACCUGGAGAACAAGAAGCUCACCGCGAAGACCGUGCUCCUGGGCGGGCGCAAGAAGGCGGCCGGGACGGAGAAGCUGUCGGACUCGGUCUCCCAGGUCUACCGCAAAUGGCACGACAAGCUCGUCGCCACCGUCCGCACCUUCAUGCCCCCGGACGACCCCUACGUGGUCAUCCACACCGAGAACUUGGUCGGCCUGUUUACGUGCGUGUUCGUCAAGUCGUCGGAGCGCGCUAAGAUGCGCGACAUCGCGGUGACCACGGUGAAGACGGGGAUGAAGGGCCGAUACGGCAACAAGGGCGCGAUCCUGGCCCGCCUGGUCAUCGACGACUCAUCGAUCUGCUUCAUCAACUGCCAUCUCGCGGCAGGGCAGAAGCACGUGCGGCAGCGGAACUCGGACCUGAUCGACAUCCUGGAGGAGAAGUCGUUCUUCCCGGACGCGCCGGAGCGGCCUGCGAGCAGCCAGCCCGCCCCGUGCUCGUCGACGGCGGGGGAGCUGGGCGGAUGCAGCGAGGUGUAUGUGGGGGGCGGGACGGGGGCGGCGAUCGCCGACCACGAGAUCUGCUUCCUCCAGGGCGACCUCAACUACCGCAUCGACGCCGACCGCGACACCGUCAUCCGGGCCAUCGCCGCCGGCCACCAUCGCCAGCUGCUCGCCUUCGACCAGCUCCUCCUCGAGAAGUCCCGCAACCCCCUCUUCAGACUCCGCGCCUUCAACGAGCCCCCUAUCCGCUUCCAUCCCACCUACAAAUACGACCCGGGCACGCAUAUGUACGACUCGUCCGAGAAGGCCAGGGUGCCCGCCUGGUGCGACCGGAUCCUGUACCGGACGCCGACGGAAGACAGCGACACGCUCUCGCCGCCGACGCUCUACAUCCAAGCGGCGGCGCCGGGCUCGCCGCGGCCCGCCCCGUCCUUCCCGGUGCCCUCGCCGCUGCUCGCCCCGCCCUCGGCAGCCGAAGACCCCGGCCCGAUCGUCGUCCCGCUCGACUACCGCAGAUACGAGGUCAACAUCUCCGACCAUCGCCCCGUCUCCGCCGCCUUCCGCGUCCGCGUCAAGGCCGUCGUCCCCGGCCUUAAGCGCCGCACUAGGGACAUCGUCGCCGACAAGUGGCGCGCCCAGCGCGCCCUCAUCCUCGCCCACUCCCGCUCGUAUUACGCCGACUUCUAG